CUGAUUUCAAAAGUUUGCACUUUUUUAACGAUGGAAGGAAAUAAAGUUGUUAACUUUGGAACCGAAAAAGUUACAAAUGAAUUUUUGAAGUUAGGUGAUACCAACUGGAUUAAUGCCAUGCGCAAUGCUAUAUUAGGUAAUCCUGACUUGUUCAAAAAUAAGUUGGUACUUAACUUGAACUGUGGUCUUGGCCUUUUCGCUAUCUACGCUGUGCAGGCGGGUGCAUCCCAUGUUUAUGCUGUUGACAGUGGAGGCGUUCAGGUUUAUACCCGUCGUAUUAUUAAAGAAAACAAAUGUGACGAACGUGUUACUGUCAUCGAAGGUGAUGUGGAACAAAUGGAGUUGCCUGUAGAAAUGGUCGACGUAAUCUUAUGCGAUUGGGUGGGAAACGCAUUAUUGUAUGGUGCCAACGCAAAGCAAGUGAUUUAUGCACGUAACAAGUGGUUACAGAGUAAUGGAUUAAUAUUUCCAGAUAUUGCACGUAUUUUUGUACGUCUAGCGUCAGAUUUUAAAACUGUUGAAAAUGGGGGCAGUGUGAUUGGUAGUGAUCUUGGAUGUUCAAUGAAUUCAAUGUUUCAGGAUUCAAUUGAUACUGUCUGGUACUAUGCAAUGCCAAAAGAAAAGAUCCGUAGUACAGGAGCACUGAUUAAAGCAAUAGAUUUGAAUACUGCUGAAGUUCAAGAUCUUGCUUUUCACACAAGUUUGAUUAUGGAAACAUACUCAAACUGCAAUAUUAACUCCAUUGUGCUUUCUUACAUGGUGAUGUGUAGUAAAGCUGCAUUUUACUAUAAUACCGAUCCUGUCAAUAUAUAUGGACAAUUCCUGCAAUCUGUUUCAUUUUUCAAAAGAUCAAAUUCUGUAGCAGCUGGAUUAUCUGUUCAUGCUGAAAUAGCAAUGACAGAUGUUGAAAACAGUGAUUAUAAUACUCGAUUGCCAAAAUUGAGGUGUCAAUUACUUGAUAUUAAUUCGCAUGGAAUACAAGCACUAAACGGAGGUUCCUGGUGUGUGGGACCUUAUGCAAGAAAAGAAAAAUCGAAAUAUUUCGACAAUAACUUUUACAUUGACUUGCUUUGGCCACAAUUUGUUCGAUUUGAUGCUGUGCGUAUAGCACAAGAAUUAAAAUUAAAGAAUGAUCGGGCACUUGAUUCUAUGCGAAAUGUAACUGGUUCCUCUAAUGGUCAGAUUUCAUCAUCUGUAGAAGAUUUGGAGGUUAUGACAGACUGAAAUAAAAUGGAUCAGAUUUGAUAUCAAAUAAAAAAUUUGCU